CUCCUCGGCUCUCCCACCCCGCAUCUCUAAGUCACUUCCCCUUUUUCAUCCUUGUUGUGUCUGGAUGACGUUGCUGUGUGGGAGAUGCUGAAGCCCCAACGCGGCGGCACGUUUCCAUUGUGCUAAUAUUGUUUCCAGGUGCAAAAAAAAAGAAACAAACAUCUAGAUAUUAUAAAUAACAUUUAAUGUAGCGUUUUUAGAUAAGAAUAAAUGUAGAUAAGAAUAGAAUAAAUGUUUCUGCUAAACCCAUGACACCAAACUCAUGAUCCCUCGUUUUUUAGGUUCCUGAAUGCAACAUGAUUAACCUCAGAGCCCCCAACCCCAAAGAAGCAUAUGGACCCUAAUUAGCACAUAACGUGGGGGGUUGGGUCCACCAGCCCCUCGUCUAACGGUUUGGUGUCUUUUAAUUCGCCCUCUGUUCCCUCCUAGAUUUAUGUGCUGUGGCGUGGCCCCGUAAACAUCACACGGGCCAGUCUGACAAAAAAAAAAGAGCGGGAGUCCAUUAAUUAGAUUGAGGGGCCCCACCGGCUCUUUGUGUCGGAGUCCCAUCAACCGGUCGGCUGAGACGGCGUCCACAUCAGCGUCGGGGCGGGAAGAGCUAAUGCAGACGCUCGUUUCCCUAGAUGCAAAUUCUCACCUCACAAAUAAUUUUCCCGGCAUUUCACUGGACAGAUGGUUUCUGUAGAAGACGCGAUUUUCAUAUUUCACCUUAAUAUCAGAGUAAGUAGGGAUUUACCCAUUUUUCCUUUCCACUGCUGUGUGUGUGUGUAUUAGAGGGAAAUGUUGAAUAUUCAAAUGUUGUGCUCAGUUACAGCUGUGUUUCAUUGUCACCCAGCUGAUUCUGCUAAUUGCUGACCCUAAUUCACUGAUCUGAGCUGUCUGACCCCGAGUCUCACGUUUCCCGUGUCUUUAGGAACCAAUGAGUGGCGCUGUGUGAGGGCGCCGCCGUCAGCCCGCUGUGCUGGAUGUCUGUGACACAUCCAUGGGCCAGAAGGACCAUGUGGAGGCAGGCGCAGACCACAUCCUGGAGCUGGGGCUGGAUUUGGAGUAUCUCCACGUAGCGGGGGCCGACCGGCAGGCCGGCGGCGCCGACGGGCCCCCUGCUAUGGAGGAGCAGGGGGACACCUGCGCCGCUGCGUCCGACAAGGAGCGGGAGCCAGCGCAGCCCACCGGGUCCACCCUCACCCCCGGCCCGGACCCCGACGGCGGAGAGGGAGGCCCGGCCCACAGUAAGAACACCCACCAGCCGCUUUGUCGGACCCAGUGCGUUGACUUGGGGACCGAGGGGCCCCCUGAGCCCCCGUCCGAGCCCCCAUCGGGGCCAGACCUCGCCGGCCCAGUCCGGUCCCCGCCCAGCUCGCCGUGUAAGCAGCCCUCCGAGGCGGGGGGGAAGCAGUACCAGGCCAAGCUGGACUUUGCCUUGAAGCUGGGCUACGCCGAGGAGACGGUGCGACUGGUGCUGUCCAAGCUGGGCCCCAACACGCUCAUCAACGACAUACUGGGCGAGCUGGUCAAGCUGGGCACCAAGGCGGACGGCGAGCAGCCGACCGCAUCUCUGGCCUCCACGUCCUCCUCGUCGUCGUCGUCGUCGUCCUGCGGCUGCUCGGAGCUGCUGGAGCAGCGGUCGGACUCGCCCGGGCCGUCGGACCCGCCGUGCGACCAGGACAACCUGCGGCCGAUCGUGGUGGACGGCAGCAACGUGGCCAUGAGCCAUGGCAACAAGGAAGUGUUUUCAUGCCAGGGCAUCCAGCUGGCGGUGGACUGGUUCCUGGAGCGCGGCCAUCAUGACAUCACGGUGUUCGUACCUGCGUGGAGGAAGGAGCAGUCCCGCCCCGACGCUCCUAUAACAGAUCAGGAGAUCCUGCGGCGCCUGGAGAAGGAGAAGAUCCUGGUGUUCACCCCCUCGCGGCGCGUCCAGGGCCGCCGCGUGGUCUGCUACGACGACCGCUUCAUCGUCAAGCUGGCGUACGAGUCGGACGGCAUCAUCGUCUCCAACGACAACUACCGGGACCUGGCCAACGAGAAGCCCGAGUGGAAGAAGUUCGUGGACGAGCGGCUGCUCAUGUACUCCUUCGUCAACGACAAAUUCAUGCCUCCGGACGACCCCCUGGGGCGCCACGGCCCCAGCUUGGACAACUUCCUGAGGAAACGUCCCGUCGUGCCUGAGCAGAAGAAGCAGCCUUGUCCGUACGGAAAGAAGUGCACUUACGGCCACAAGUGUAAGUACUACCACCCAGAGCGAGGCGCUCAGCCUCAGCGCGCCGUGGCCGACGAGCUGCGAGCCAGCGCCAAGACCUGCGUCAACGCAAAGCCCCAGGGCGACUCCGGGCUGGUGAAGAGCCACAGCGUGCCGGCGGGCAGCAUCGAGGCCAAGAAGGGAGCCCCCAAACGCCAGUCGGACCCCAGCAUCCGGGCCCUGUCGUACAGCGACGCCGAGGAGAAGCUGGCGAAGGGGAGUCCCUGCGGUGGCGGCGCGGCCGUGCCCCCCGCCCCAGGAGGCCCCCCCCCCGCUCUGAGCCUGCCGCAGGAGCCGCAGCCCAGGGCGCCCACCCCCCACGGCCUGCUGCCCGCCCCCGGCCACGAGCUCUACCCCCACUGCGAGUCCCCGGACCUCAACUACUACUCGGUGACGCGCGCCUACUCGGGGCUGAGCCUCUCCUCCCGCCGCAGCCCCGACGGCCGCUUCCCCGGCGACGCCGACCUGCGCCUGGGCUCCAUGGGCUCGGCGGGCUCCGAGUGCGGCAGCGAGAGCAGCGCCAGCUGCAGCGGCAGCAGCUGCGACUCGUACGGCGAGCGGCCGUGCCCCGGCUGCCCCCCGGAGCCCCCGCCGGACGACGGCGCGCUCUACGGCCGGCCGUACGGCCUCCACGGCGCCGGCGCCACCGCCCACGAGCUGUGCGGCCUCCACGCCGCCGACUACGCCCCGCACGGCCACGCCCCCAGCACGCACAGUUACCACCGGGGGCAGGGCUGCAUCCACGACCCGCCGCCCGACGCCGCCGUGAAGCGGCCCCUCUACCCCCUCCCCCCUCACCUCCAGCACCAGCCGCUCGCCUCGCGCUCCAGCUGCCCCGGCGACUACCACUCGCUGGCGCAGGCGAGCCCGCACCCCCCCGGCUCCCCCGUGGGCCGCUGCCUGGCCCCCACGCGGGCCGAGAGCGCGUCGGACUCGCACCUGUACGAGCACCUGUCCGCGGCACACCGCCACCACCGGCCCAAGGCCCUGCCCGGCUGGGACUCGUACUACAGGCAGCCGCCGGUGCCGCUGGCCCAUUACGAGCCGUCGGCCUAUCAGAGCCUGCCCGACACGCGCCACUCGUCCUGGCACGCCCCCCCCUGGGGACAGGAGGCGUUCGCCCAGCACCACUCCUCCCACCCGGCCCUCCACCCCUCCCCCACCCAUUACAUGAGCCACCCGCCUCCUCUGGGCCACCCGCCUCACCCGUACGGCUCCCACCUCAUCGUGCCCUCCCAUCCCCCUCCCCCUCCUCCCCCCUCCUCCUACCUGCCGCAACACGCCGAGUCCCCCGCGCACGGUCGCUACGGCGACGCCAGGGAGAAGGUGUACGUCAACCUGUGCAACAUCUUCCCCCCUGAGCUGGUGAGCCGCGUGAUGGCGAGGAGCCCUCACGUCACGGACCCCCAGCAGCUGGCGGCCGCCAUCCUGGCAGAGAAAGCCCAGGCCGGCUACUGAGGAGCGUGCCUCGAAACACUGCAGUGUUUUUGCAGUCGUUGGGGAGGCAAUGCUUCAGAUGCUGAAGAUAAUCCAAAUCCAGCUGUGACUAACUAAAGCAACGCCACAUAAUGUGGUUCUGCAGCUGCUCUGUUCUUAUUUAUUUAGUCUCUCGUGUAUCUGCCACGUGUGUUGGAUUCUUAAGGCACUUAACAGCCAAAUCAUAACACAGCCUGGUGUCGCAACAGAUAUGAGCGCUACCUUAGGGAAUAUGCACUGUACUUACUCCUUCAGUUAGCUCUUGCAUGUAUGUAGCACCGGAUACAUGGGACUCGAUUUCUAACCUCCUUCAACGUGUCUGGUUUUAAAGUUUUCCUGUGAAAAAGUUCGUUAUUCGUUGUCUGGUAAAAUCCUCGAUAUCCUGUGACUGUUUCAAACCACAACUUGACCAAGGCCUGUGUAUUAUAUUAACCUGUGUGUGUGACCGUGUGUGUGGGUUUGCUCCCAUGCUGGUAUAAAUAGGUGUCUGAAAGAAGGUCGUCUCGUUUGCGUCGCCAUCAGUUCUUGGUCAGAGUUGUAGCUGUAGAGAUGGGUGACCCUGUCGUGUGUACCUUAGUUUUAGUAAGGGACAUCUCUCUCUUUCUCUCUCUCUCUCUCUCUCACUCUCUCUCUCUCUCUCUCUCUCUCUCUCUCUCUCUCUCUCUCUCUCUUUCUAUCUACUCUCUCUCUCUCGCUCUCUGGCCCUUUAUUUUGGGUCGACUCUGGCUUCUGCUACAGACCGGGCACACGUCAGCGUCGGCCAACGGAACCGUGCGUAGUGUAAAUAUAUUUAAUGGAGCCCCCCUGCUGUGCUUUUGGCUGCCGACCACCGUCCUCUGUAGCAGAUCCCAGCCGAGUCCGCGCUAGACAGAGAAAAACCUUGUUUGAUACAAAUUGUAUCAUUAACUAAGUCGCUGACGUUGUAAACAGUCCAUGGACGUCCUGAGCAGCAUUCACCAAACACUAUACAAUAAGUGCUUCAACAACACUUCCGCCCGAGAUGUUCCAUGUUUUACGCUUUGACUAUUCUUCAUGUAUCUCACUGAAGGAGUUGUCCGCCUACUGUGUUUAGGCAUCGCAGCGUCUUUUUCUGUGCCUUCGGGUUUGAAGCUAGCUUAUUUUCUACAGGAGUUAAUGUGUGCAUGGGCAGCCUUCUGUGUUCAAGAGCAUAGAAUUAUUGAUUCGUCAAGUACCUCUCUAGAACGGCAUGGUGGCUGCUCCAGGAUUGAACGCCCUGCUCUGAUCAGCGUCAGUGGACAAGUGUUAAAGGAGAUAUUUUAUAGCUGGGUCAGUCCCGUAUCGCCUGGCAGCCAUUUUGAACAACCGGUCAGAAAUGCUGGACGCGUAGCUUUAAACCUGCCCGCUUUUCCAGACUCUUGAGUUCAAAAUGGCCGCCAAACAACUACCGUGUACAGAGCGAGCUUGUCGCACACGUCACCUCAAGCGCGCUGUACACAGAACCCCCCCCUUCCCGGUUUUCUUUUCCCGUCCGGCCGGCGUGUGACUUUGUACAAGUACAUGAACAGUUGUACGAUAACACGUGAACCUUUGUGUAUUGAAGAAGCGCCUUCUCUCUGGCCUCCUGGCACCGUGUGUCAGCGGGGCCCCUGAGCGUGGGCCCAAAGUAAUGCCUCUUCAUGGCAUUGUGCUUAUGACACAUCCAAUACUCUGAACUAUGUUCAGCUAACUGUUAUGCAUGUUUUGAUUGGUUUCGCUCCGUGUACAUAUGUGUCGCUGUCCUGCUAGCUGUCGAUGCUUGUACCAUAAGCUGGUUUGCGUUCGGCUUGUUCCUUUUAGUUUCAUGUGUUAGUACGGAUGUCAGUGUAGCUCCCUUUGUUAACUUAUAGAAUGAAGUCAAGUGGUAAUAUUCAUCUGUUUUCUAAUAACGGCCUAACGCAGACUCCAGUGAGCUUGUUUUGGAACGAGCCCUUCGCUUGUAAGUGCACUAAUGGAAGUCAUUCAUUCUGAUUGCUGUGCUGUACUUACCACUGUGCUCUAGUGAGAUGUUUGAAAUAUUGAUAUUUUUCCACUAGAAUAAUAACGUAACUGAUUCUUGUACCAUUCUCUGCUGUAACAGUGAUUGUUCAAUAAAGAUGCUAUAAAACAUC